AUUUAAUUCCAUAUUCCCCAGAUAGAUCCCUCCCACAUGGUGUUCAUGGCAUGGUUCUCUGAGAGGUGAAUUAGCAAAAGUUGGGAUCCUGCCUUUGGACCUCGAUCAGACCAUUCAAACCACUGAAAAAGUUCCAUCUCCCUGAGUGCAAGUUCCGGAUCACACUCACUUCCUCGCGCAAAGUCAAAAAAUGAGUAGCUCUGAACAAACCAACCCGAACCCGAUAACCCAACAGCAAGAACUAGACCAAGAAGAAGAAGAGGUGGGCAAAUUGGCCGUCCGGUUGGCAAACGGGGUGGUCCUUCCUAUGGUUCUGAAGUCAGCGCUUGAGCUCAACCUCAUCGAGAUAAUCUCAGACGCGGGCACCGGCACUUUCCUCUCAUCUUCCGAGAUUGCGGGCCGGCUGCCCACCAAGAACCCGGACGUGCCGGUUCUUCUGGACCGGAUGCUAAGCCUCUUGGCGAGCUAUUCCAUACUCAAGUGCUCGCUCGUGACCAGAGAGGACGGGGAGGUUGAGAGACUCUAUGGCGUCGGACCCAUUUGCAAGUUCCUGGUUAAGAACCCACACGGGGGCUCUGUCGCUCCUCUGUUCCUGUUGCACCACGAUAAGGUCUUCAUGGAGAGCUGGUACCACUUGAAUGACGUUAUACUAGAAGGCGGGAUUCCUUUCAACAGGGCCUAUGGGAUGACAGCGUUUGAAUACCCAGGAACAGAUCAAAGGUUCAAUCGGGUAUUCAACCAGGCAAUGUCAAACCAUACCACCUUGAUCAUGAAGAAAUUACUCGAUGUGUACAAAGGGUUCGAAGGCCUUAAAGUGUUGGUUGAUGUGGGUGGUGGGAUUGGAGUUACCCUUAGCAUUAUCACUUCCAAGUAUCCUCAAAUUAAGGGCAUCAAUUUUGAUCUGCCUCAUGUUUUAGCUGAUGCGCCUUCUUAUCCAGGUGUGGAGCACAUUGGGGGAGAUAUGUUUGAUAGCGUUGCAGAAGGAGAUGCCAUUUUCAUGAAGUGGAUACUCCAUGAUUGGAGUGAUGAGCAUUGCUUGAAACUUCUCAAAAACUGCUGGAAUGCUCUUCCCAACUCAGGAAAGGUGAUCAUUGUGGAAUCAAUUCGUCCUGUGGCUCCUGAGAAUAGUGUUUCGGCAAAUAUCGUCUUUGAGCAAGAUUUGUUCAUGUUGGCUCAAAAUCCAGGAGGAAAAGAGCGGACCCAAAAAGAGUUUGAGGCAUUAGCUUUAAAAUCUGGAUUUUCUGGCUGUGAGGUCAUGUGCUGUGCUUACAACAGCUGGGUUAUGGAGUUCCACAAGGGAGCCGAUCCUUAAGUUGCUAGAAUAACUUUUUCUUUUGUUUGUUUUGCCAUUGCUACCUGUAGCUCAUGGUAAUUUCAUUCUGUCAAAAUUUCAGGGUUGAGUACCCUACUCUAUUAUGUUGUUGUAAUAAUAGAGCACAAAUUUCCAACUGUGUAGGAAACUCCUACAAACUUUCUAUUUGUAAAGCUACAAGUUCAUUAAAGCUAUAUGUUCCAGUUGUAUUUGAUAUUGGUUUGUCA